AUGAACGCUGCGCCCCCAGCAGGAAGUGCUCUGGCAGCUAGUGGGACCGCUGGGCCCACCACGCCAAAGAAGGGCCCACCCAAGUUCAAGCAGAGGCAGACCCGAACAUUCAAGAGCAAGGCGCCCAAGCCCGGACAGAAGGGCUUUGGGGACGACAUCCCGGGCAUGGAGGGUCUGGGCACAGACAUCACUGUGGUCUGCCCAUGGGAGGCCUUUGGCGACAUGGAACUCAGCGACCUGGCCAAAUACGGCAUCAUCUAA